GACCACAGUGACAAACUUACAUGUCAUGAAGACAAAAGUCAUAAAUUCAUAACAAUGAAGUUAAUCCACUGGGGUUCUACAUUACCUAUUACAACAAUCCACCAUAACCAUAUAAACUAGUACUACUGUUUUUCUCAAACCACAUAACAAUUUCAGACCAAAAGAAAAACAAUUACAUAAACUCAUGGAGAAUCCUAAUCCAAGUAGACUCUCCCUUGCCAUGGAGAGAACAGGACAAUGGAUUUUCUCUCAAGAAAUCCCAAGUGAUGUUAUAGUUACAAUUGGAGAAGCUACUUAUUCUCUCCACAAGUUCAUGCUGGUGGCAAAGAGCAACUACAUCAGAAAGCUGAUAAUGGAAUCAAACGAAUCCGAACUCACCAGAUUAGACCUCUCCGACAUCCCCGGCGGCCAAGAAGCUUUUGAGAAAGCAGCUAAAUUCUGUUACGGCGUCAACUUCGAGAUAACCGUCAACAACGUCGCGUCGUUGCACUGCGCCGCGAUGUUCCUUCAGAUGACCGACGAAUAUUGCGACGGAAACCUCGCCGGAAGAACUGAAGGUUUUCUAUCUCAGGUCGCAUUAACAACUCUUUCCGGCGCUGCAGUCGUUCUAAAGUCAUGCCGUCAGCUUAUCCCCGUCGCCGACGAGCUAAACAUCGUCAAACGCUGUGUUGACGCUGUCAGCUCAAAGGUCUGCAAUGAAGCAAACUUCCCUAGCCGAUCACCUCCGAAUUGGUGGACGGAGGAGCUCGCCGUUCUUGACGUUGAAUCCUUCGGAAAAGUGAUCACCGCAAUGAAACAACGUGGCGCGAAAUACCUAACUCUCGCCGGGGCGUUGAUUGCAUACACAGAACGCACGCUCCGGGAGCUUGUACGUGAUCAAACCGGUGGUGGAAGUGGUGGUGGAGGAAAAUUCCGGUCAUCUGAUUCAACAGAUUCCGAUUCAGAAACAAAAUCCGAACAACGUGAGAUUCUACAAUCCAUCGUCCCUCUCUUUCCGUCGGAGAAAGCUGCUUUUCCGAUCAACUUCCUCUGCUGUCUUCUCCGUUGUGCUAUCUACCUACGCGCCUCAAGCGCGUGCAAGCGCGAACUCGAGAAGCGAAUAGCUGAAAUUCUGGAACACGUAACAGUGAACGAUCUCUUGGUUCUGUCAUUCACCUACGACGGCGAGAGGCUUCUGGAUCUUGAUAGCAUUCGGAGAAUCAUCUCGGCAUUCGUCGAAAAGGAGAAAAGCACCACGGUGUUCAACGCCGGUAGCACGUUCGGAGAAAACUGCUCUGCCGCCAUGCAGCGUGUGGCAAAAACAGUCGACGCAUACCUCGCCGAGAUUGCUUCCUACGGAGAACUCACCAUUUCGAAGUUCAACGGUAUUGCCAUUCUCAUUCCAAAAGGCGCGCGAAAACUUGAUGAUGAUCUUUACCGUGCUGUCGAUAUUUAUCUUAAGGUACACACCAACCUUGAUGAGUUAGAGAAGGAGAAAGUGUGCAGUGUGAUGGAUGCUCUUAAACUUUCAUAUGAGGCGCGUGUUCACGCGUCUCAGAACAAACGAUUACCAGUGCAAAUCGUGCUACACGCGUUAUAUUACGAUCAAUUAAAGAUAAGAAGCGGGGCAACAGCAGAACGUGACGCAGAAGAUAGGAAUCAGUUACAAACAGAUGUAACUUUGGUGAGAGAGAACGAGGAGUUGCGAACGGAACUGAUUAGAAUGAAAAUGUAUGUUUCAGAUUUGCAAAAGAACGGUCACGGCGGAACAACGUCGUCUUCUGAAGUUGGAAAGGAAGUCAAAAAGUCGACAUUCUUUUCGUCCGUGUCAAAGAAAUUAGGUAAGCUGAAUCCGUUCAAGAAUGGUUCUAAAGAUACGUCUCAUAUUGAGGAUGUUGGUGUGGAUUUGACAAAGCCUAGAAGGAGAAGGUUCUCCAUUUCAUAGAUUAUUUUAUUUUUGUAAGAAAUGAAACUGAUUAAUUCAUUAAUUAGUGUUUUAUUAGACGCUGUUUAGCAUUAGUUUUAUUUUGAUUGUAUUUGUGUGUGAAGUAAGUCCUAUAAAUUGCAAUUUGUUUGGGGUAGGAACAUCAUCAUAGUUUCAGCUCUACAUAGCAUGGCGGGUUUGUUGAUUAGGUUUCUGAUUUGUAUUUAUAUAUGCUGUCUUUUUCAUGCUUGUCAAUUAUGUUGUCUUUGUGCAAAGAAGAAAGGAUGUGUACGUAUAUAUAUACGUUUGGAGGAAUCAUAAGUCAUGCAAAUAAGAAUGAGAAUUAUCAUA